AUGGCUACCGCUACUGCCACUGCCACAACCUCGACGCAGCCCCUCGUCACCAAGUGGUCGUCUCGAUAUCGCGGGGCUACCGUCGAAGACCUCGACCCUCCGGCCGCCCUCUCCCUCAACCCCUCGGACGCCAUCUCUCUCGCCCUCGUCUCGGCCUUUGAGCGCGACUACACCCACCUGACCAUCGUCGACGCCGACACGCGCGCCCUCCUCGGCUACAUCUCCAUCCCCCACCUCCAGUCGCUGCUCGACUCGGGCAAGGUCCAGCCCGGCGACCAGCUCUCGGCUGCCAUGACGCGCUUCCAGCGCCGCGGCCGUACCUACCGCGUCAUCACCAUGGAGACGACCCUCGAGGAGCUCGAGGACUUUUUCCGCGCCGGCGUGCCCGACGGACCUUGGAAGGAGGAGUUUGCUGUCAUUACCGAUGAGAAGAGGAGGUUUGUCCUGGGUGUUGCUACUGUCCAGGAUCUGGAGGAGUUUGUCAAGAGGAGACCAGAGUAG